AUGAACGGCUCGGAAAAUAAAAAAUCACAAUCAAAGUCUUCACCUGAGGGGCAGGAAGAUUUCGACGAUUUCGAAGAGGAUACUGAAGAUUCAAUGGGUGACAGUACUGAAAGAGAAGGUAAUUCCGAAUCUGAGUUUGCAGACGAUGAAGAUGGAGAUACACGUAGCGAAGGAGAUAAUGUUGAAGAUUCAGUAACUGUUAAGGAAGAAGAUCCAAUUGAAGCUGCACAGCCAGCCAGUGGAGGUAACGACGAAAAUCAGGCAGAUACAAAACCCAACAUCAAAAUUGAGCCUGAUCCAAUUGAAGCUGCACAGCCAGCCAGUGGAGGUAACGACGAAAAUCAGGCAGAUACAAAACCCAACAUCAAAAUUGAGCCUGUCCCAGUUAAAGCUGAGGCCGAUGGGGAUGGUGUGGGCCAGGCAGGCUACACCAUGGAAAGGAAACCAAACAUAAAACAGGAACAAGGAGUAAUCCCAGAGACCAAUCAUGACGUUGCAAACAAUUCAGAGGAUUAUAGCAAUGUCAUAAUUAAAGAGGAGAUAGACAUAGGGGAAGAUUAUCUCGAAAAGGAGCCUGCUUUUCAGGGUCCUGCCAUCAAGGAUGAAGCCAACGGUGGGAACAACAACAACAACAACAACAACAACAACAUGAACAUCAACUGGAUUCCCAUGCAAGAGAUUACCCUGGUGGCACACCGCGCCAACGGCCCUGAAGUGGUAGGGGCUCUCCUUGUACCACAAGGACCUGGUGAGUAA